ACGAACGUGACAACUCUCGCCCCAUCAUAGGCGUACGCAGAUUAUUUGCUUUUGCCAUAGAGGAGUUGCUAAAAUUUCUAGCUGUGCUUGUGUGAUAAAUUGCUGAAUUUUUUCUAAGUUAAUACGCCAGGAUUUGGGAAGAUGGAGAAGAGGGAUAUUCAAGAUAGACCACCGACGUAUGAUCAGGCAAUUCACGGAACGUCCGUCUUAAUAACCAGCCAACCUGCUCCAAUGGGUCCUCCACCGAUGGCACCACCAGGGUACUACCCUCAACUACCCACCGCCCCACCCAUCAACCCCAUGGGCUAUGGCACAAUUGGGGAAACCGUCACCACCACAACGAGCAUUACAAUUCCAGAGCAGAUAAUCAUAGUCGGAGGAUGCCCGGUGUGUCGUAUUGGAAUGCUGGAGGAAGAUUACACAUGCUGUGGUAUUUGUUGUGCCAUUUUCCUAUUUCCCAUCGGAAUUCUCUGCUGCUUAUGCAUGAAAAAUAAGCGAUGCACAAAUUGCGGUGCUCAGUUUUAAUUAACCAUUACCCAGACCUGCCUCAAGCAGUUCACAUCCUUUAUUUUUUUUUCUUCCUCAAAGGAAUUCCAUAAAAAAAAAAACGUUGAAUUAAUCUUAUAUUUGGAAUUAGGAAGCACGUGCCUUUACACACAUCAAUUACAAUGUGUCCAAUGUGUCAUUGACACAGUGAAGAUAUUUUUCUUAAUGUAGAUCAAGAAAAACUAAGAAAUAAUCAAUUACUUCUUGCAAAGUAUCUGUGUGCAAAAAAAAAGCGUUUGUAAUGCGGCAAGAUUGUGCCAAACAAGGUCAUUUAUUAGUUGAUUGAUUGAAAAAAGAGCUCAAAUGGGAAAAAUGAGAAAACCAAUUUGUUGGGUGAAAAAAAAAACAUGAACAUUUUAUGCACAGCACGUGAAAAUCACAAAUGUAUUGCCUUUCAAAGUCAUCGUUUGUGAUUCCCAUCGACACCAUGGCGAUGGGGUGGGCCCCAAAACCGUUUGUGCUUUUUUUUUAUUUUUACUGAAAAUUCGGCCCUUUUUGUCGGCAUCCAGCUCGCGCCAAAAAUUAGCAUGAAUGCAAGUGAUUUCAUUUGGCAAAGUCGUAAAAAAAUAUCCGCCCCCCUGUGUCGAAAAUCCAACUCCCCUAUAGAGCUCCCCCCCCCUCCGCCCUUUAGCAGCAUGGUGGUCCAUAUUGCUGUGUAGUUAUUGCGCUGCCAAAGAUCGUGCAACGUCAUGAAAUAAACCCAGAGAGUGAUUAACACUGAAUGACAGAGUUGAUACACCAUGAAUGUACCAAAAUAUGCAUAGAUUGCAGAAAAAUUUAAUCUUAACAUAAAUAUUAUGAUUUCAAGCCAACUGCAAGGCUUCUAUAAAAAAUAUUAAAAUUUAUACGAAUUUAUAUUAGAAGUAUAUAAGAGCGAGAGUUCCUUCAAAAAAAAAUUUUUUGUUUUAUUAAUUUACCAUUCCAAUAUGAGUCAUGGUACUUCACCGCGAAUGUUAUUUGUUUAUUUAGUCUUUAAGCAUUAAAUGGAGCUAAUUGGUGAACUGAAAACUUCUAGGUGUAGAGCAUGAAAUGUUAUUGAAAAAUAAAAUCUCAAAGUUUACCUUUCAAACGUUUAUUUACAUUAUUAUUUUGAAUAGGCAUUUUUUGAAAUAUAUUGAAAGUUUAUAUUGCAGAGGUAAUUUACAUAAUAUUACGUAUACUAUUCAAAAUGUAUUACCUAUAUAUCUAUGUUUUUAAUAUGUACAUUUUUUUCUAAAUAAAUGAUUGCAUUUUUGGGAAUGAAA